UUCCCUCCCAUGGUUACAUGUGGUAACACGUUUGUUAGACAGAAGUCAUAGCUACAAAGUACAGAAGUGAAUAGACAUGCCAGGAAUUCUGCUGGGAGAUGUAUUUCCUGAUUUUCAUGCAGAGACUACAAUCGGCAAGAUCAAGUUUCACGAUUUCUUGGGAAAUUCAUGGGGUAUCUUGUUCUCACACCCACGUGACUUCACUCCAGUAUGUACGACUGAACUGGCCCGUGCUGCAAAGCUAAGCGAUGAGUUUAAGAAACGUGGUGUGAAGAUGAUCGCACUGUCCAUUGACAGUGUAGAGGACCACCGCAAAUGGAGUGAGGACAUUAUGGCAUUCAACCAAGAGAAAACAUGCAGCCCAUUGCCAUACCCUAUCAUAGCUGAUGCCAGGAGGGAGUUAUCUGUCUUGUUGGGAAUGCUUGACCCUGAUGAGAGGGACAAAGAUGGAAUGCCCCUCACUGCCCGCUGUGUGUUUGUUAUUGGUCCCGAUAAGAGGCUGAAGCUGUCUAUUCUCUAUCCGGCCACUACGGGGCGCAACUUUGAUGAGAUUCUCCGUGCAAUAGACUCUCUACAGUUGACAGCAGUGAAGAAGGUGGCAACACCUGUGGACUGGAAGCCCGGUCAAGAAGUCAUGGUCAUCCCUUCCCUCUCGGAUGAAGAGGCCAACAAGUUUUUCCCAGCUGGUUUUACCACCAAAGAGGUGCCUUCUGGAAAGAAAUACAUACGCUACACUAAACUAUAACUUGAAGUAAAUCGACAGAGGGGCAAUACUGAAGAAAUGGCACUUACCUGACAUCAGCUGUUAGUGGACUGAUGUGGCAUACUCAAUAAGUGUAAUGACCUAUCAGCUGCUUAUAUUCGGAGUGUGAUGAUUGAUCAGGAUUUAGUCGAGAUUGCAAAAUGACACAUCAGGCUCAUUACAUAUAAUUAUUGUAUUCUGCCUAAUUUCAAUAAAAACUUGCUACUUUUGUAAUUAAA